AUGGCGACGCCUCUUAGUGUUGUUAUUCCCAAGGCUGCAUUUGCAGCCUGUCUGCUACGUCCGGACCCUACUUCGGUUCCUCACGAUGAGAUAAGCGACUUCCACACCUGCCUUGAGCGCGCGCUGUCGCAUUGUUCCCCAGUCAACAUUCAGACUUGUAAAGCGUGGUUGCUUCGAUUCGUUGCCUUUUCAUCUAAUAGGGUAAAGGGUCUGGUUAACUACCUGGAAGCUCUCGCAGCAUCCUUGCACCCACAGCCCACUGGAUCCAAAGUCUCACCAAAGCGCCAGCGUCUCCACAUCCUUUAUUUGCUCAAUGAUCUGUUGCAUCAUUGCAAAUACCACCUAGGCACCAGUUCCACCUUCUCCACAGUUAGCGGGUCCCUGCAGCUGCAUCUCGUCAACUUGGUCGGCUACGCAGCGACCUGUGAUCGCCAAAAGAAUCCACGACACCAUCGACGGCUAGAUGAUCUGCUAGAUAUUUGGUCUGAGCACGAAUACUUUCAUCCCGAGUUGGUCAACAAGCUUCGAGAAGUUGUGACCAUGGGGGCCCCUCCGCCUUCCAACGAUGCGGCCAACGAUUUAAACCCAGCGAAGAAGUCCGGCAAGGAUGCCCCAUUUAUCGUGCCAUCUACACAUGGAGAUCCAUCCACGCCUUGGCACGAAGUUCGUGCGGGCAACAUUUAUCCUCAUAUUAUUCCCAACUCGACUAUUCCCAUCCAACCUGAUUCCUUAAAACCGAUAAAACUCCUAGCAGGUCCCGCCGACCAAAAGACGGUAGACGCCCUCAAAGCCUUUUUGGCUGAUGUGAACAAGCUCUACGACCCGGAGACUCUCUGGGAUGAUAAACAUGACAUUGACGAGCUGGGCCAGACAGUCAUGCGGGGUGAGAACACCUCCGAUAUCCUCGAUGGCCAGCACUACUACGGAUGGUCCCUCGAGUUCUGUCAGCCCGCAGAUACAGAUACCGAGGACUCGCGCGACCGCAGCCGCAGCCGCAGUCCUAGUGGAUCACGAACUUAUCGCAAGCGACGCUACAGUGAUAGCUCUAGCAGUCAGUCCGAGCCAGAAUCUCCAAGACAAGGUUUCCGUCAACGCCGUGAUGCGCGAUCUCGAAGCCGUUCCCCGCGCCGUUCUCCGCGCCCUUUACGCAGUCGUGAAAGCUCUUACACACCUCGCGAAACCUCACACUUCCCGCCUCCUCAUCAACCUCAACAUCCCUCCGCACCCAUCAGCUCCUUCCCCCCUGCUCAUCCCCCCACUGGACAGUAUGUCCAUCAUACUAUGGGCCCUAACACUGGCUAUCCCCAAGCACCGGCACCCAACUACGGAUCUUGGCCUCCGCCUCCCCCUCACUCGCAUAUGCCAACAAUGCCCUUCCCUCCACCCGGACCCGCCUCCUCAUCAGCUUUCCCUCCUCCAUACCACCAUCCUCCUUCUAUGCCGCAGGGACAGAACCAAGGACAGGGAUACGGGGUGCCCGCGGGCCAGUAUCACUUCCCUCCUCCUUAUUCUGGGGGUCAGCAGGGUGGACCAUGGGGACCUCCUCCUCCUCCUCCUCCCCAGGGCGGACGAGGCUGGCAAUAA